CCUUCCAACAGUUCUGCUUUUAGAGAUAAUACUGUGACAACAAACCAAAGAAGAUCUUCUUAUCCUAUGAAUUCAUACACGUAUUCAGCUGCUUUAACCUUUGCAGGUUCUCCUAAUCAUUUGUACAAUCAAUACCCUUCUGGAUCAUUCCAGACUCAAAUGAGUUCCUAUGUGCUUCCAUCAUACGCAACACCAAUCUUCAGAAAUACUUAUGGUCAGAUGUAUAAUGGCACAUACUCUAGACCCAGCCCAGCAAGAGGACCAGCGGAGAUAAGAUCCUACACGCCUCCCUCCAGUAGGACGUGGGCAUCACCAGACACAUUUGAAGGUCUGCAUAGCCAGACCACACCUGAAACAGUAGCCUUACCUGAUCCAAAUAAUUGGAUAUAUAGGAUCAAUUACUUUAUACCAUCUGAAACAAGGACCUCAACAAGUGCACCUCAGCGGAUCAACAGCACGAUGCCGUUAAACGAUCUGACAGUGAUUCGUCAGACACUGGAUGUGAUUUCAAGUGGGUCAACAUUUCCAACACAGCCAUCAUCUAUGCCGUCCAGCAAUUUCCUAUCUUCAAAUAAUCCACCUUCCUUGAUGUCUAGUACUGCACCAAACAGCGGGCCAACAUUUCCAACACAGCCGUCAUCUACGCUGUCCAGCAAUUUAGUAUCUUCAAAUAAUCCACCUUCCUUGAUGUCUAGCACUGCACCAAACUAUGGGUCGACAUUUGCAACACAGCCGUCAUCUACGCCGUCCAGCAAUUUAGUAUCUUCAAAUAAUUCACCGUCCUUGAUGUCUAGCACUGCACCAAACACACCUCAGUUAUCUCUAAAUAUGCCAUCGGAUACAGUUCAAGAGUCUUCCAUAGAUUCUAGCAACCAAUUUGCAUUACAAUUUACUAAUAAUACCAAUGAACACAUGGCUAGAGUUAUGGAUAACACUGAAGGAAACAGUGAAUCAGAAGAAGAAAUUGAUAGAAAUUUACCAGAAGUUUCCAUGCCUGAGGAGGAAAUUAUCGAUCGUCGGAAGCAGCUCUGUCCUCACAACGAUAAGGACGAAUGUGAUGAUGACUGUCCAUAUAGGCAUGGCCGCCUUUGCCAUCUGUGCCUUACACAUAGAUUAAAUCCAUAUAAUCCAGAAUUACAUGCUGAUGUAAGUGUGGCUAAUACUAUGUCUGGAUAUGGUCGUGCUUCCACGCCUUGUCAGAUGUGGGCGGACAUCUGCCACAAAGUGUCUGAAUUUGUUGUGGGUCUCAGCUUCUCACCGAUCCUGCCACUCUCAAUAGGUGGCAGAGGCAAUAGUCUGUCUAUUGAUCCAUAG